AGAGGGCGGCCGGCAGCCGGGCAAUUGCUUUGCGAGGCUGGGUGUUGAGCCGAGCCGCGGGAAAGGCGCGUGUCGGGUUCUCACUGGCGCAGCCUGCACCGCCGCUGCAGCCCCGCCCCGCCCUGGCGUUGUCCCUGGCCCUGUGGCGGACUAACCACGGCCCGGGCAUAGGCGACAAGGGAGACGCGAGCGGUGCGUGUGCCGCGGCUGCGCUGCUGGUGACAGGAGUUUGCUAUAAAAUGGGAGUUCUGAUUGUACUCACUGUUCUGUGGCUGUUCUCCUCAGUAAAGGCCGACUCAAAAGCCAUUACAACCUCUCUUACAACAAAAUGGUUUUCCACUCCAUUGUUGUUAGAAGCCAGUGAGUUUUUAGCAGAAGACAGUCAAGAGAAAUUUUGGAAUUUUGUAGAAGCCAGUCAAAAUAUUGGAUCAUCAGAUCAUCACGGUACUGAUUAUUCCUAUUAUCAUGCAAUACUGGAAGCUGCAUUUCAGUUUCUGUCACCUCUCCAGCAGAAUUUGUUGAAAUUUUGUCUGUCUCUUCGUUCCUACUCAGCUACGAUCCAAGCCUUCCAGCAGAUAGCAGCUGAUGAACCUCCACCGGAAGGAUGUAAUUCGUUUUUUUCCGUGCAUGGAAAGACGACUUGUGAAUCUGAUACCCUGGAGACUCUUCUACUGACAGCCUCUGAAAGACCCAAACCUUUAUUGUUCAAAGGAGAUCACAGAUAUCCCUCAUCUAAUCCUGAAAGCCCAGUGGUGAUUUUCUACUCUGAGAUUGGCUCUGAGGAAUUUUCUAAUUUUCACCGCCAACUUAUAUCAAAAAGCAAUGCAGGCAAAAUCAGUUAUGUAUUCAGACAUUAUAUAUUUAAUCCCAGGAAGGAGCCUGUUUACCUCUCUGGCUAUGGUGUGGAAUUGGCCAUUAAGAGCACUGAGUACAAGGCCAAGGAUGAUACUCAGGUGAAAGGAACUGAGGUAAACACCACAGUGAUUGGUGAAAAUGAUCCUAUUGAUGAGGUUCAGGGAUUCCUCUUUGGAAAAUUAAGAGAUCUGCACCCCGACCUGGAGGGACAGUUGAAAGAACUCAGAAAGCAUCUUGUGGAGAGCACCAAUGAAAUGGCACCUUUAAAAGUUUGGCAGUUGCAAGAUCUCAGUUUCCAGACUGCUGCUCGAAUCUUGGCUUCUCCUGUUGAGUUGGCUCUGGUUGUUAUGAAGGAUCUUAGUCAGAAUUUUCCUACCAAAGCCAGAGCAAUAACAAAAACAGCUGUGAGCUCAGCACUUAGAACCGAAGUGGAAGAGAAUCAGAAGUAUUUCAAGGGAACUUUAGGAUUACAACCUGGAGAUUCAGCCCUCUUCAUCAACGGACUUCACAUUGAUUUAGAUACACAGGAUAUAUUCAGUCUGUUUGAUGUGUUGAGGAAUGAAGCUCGGGUAAUGGAGGGUUUGCAUAGAUUGGGAAUAGAAGGCCUUUCUCUGCAUAAUGUUUUGAAGCUGAAUAUCCAGCCCUCUGAGGCAGACUAUGCAGUAGACAUCCGGAGUCCUGCUAUUUCAUGGGUCAACAACCUGGAGGUUGAUAGCAGAUAUAAUUCGUGGCCUUCUAGUUUACAAGAGUUGCUUCGACCCACCUUUCCUGGUGUUAUUCGGCAGAUCAGGAAAAACUUACAUAAUAUGGUUUUCAUAGUUGAUCCUGCACACGAGACCACAUCAGAGUUGAUUAACGUAGCCGAGAUGUUCCUCAGCAAUCAUAUCCCACUAAGAAUUGGUUUUAUCUUUGUGGUUAAUGACUCUGAAGAUAUUGAUGGGAUGCAAGAUGCUGGAGUGGCUGUUCUUAGAGCAUAUAAUUAUGUUGCCCGAGAGGUGGAUGAUUAUCAUGCCUUCCAGACUCUGACACAAAUCUAUAACAAGGUGAGGACUGGAGAAAAAGUGGAAGUUGAACAUGUGGUCAGUGUCCUGGAGAAGAAAUAUCCAUAUGUAAAAGUGAAUAGCAUUUUGGGGAUUGAUUCUGCUUAUGAUCAGAAUCGGAAGGAAGCAAGAGGCUACUAUGAGCAGACUGGGGUUGGACCCCUGCCCGUUGUGCUGUUCAAUGGAAUGCCCUUUGAAAGGGAACAGCUAGACCCUGAUGAGUUAGAAACCAUCACAAUGCAUAAAAUCCUGGAGACCACCACCUUCUUCCAAAGAGCAGUGUACUUGGGUGAAGUGCCCCCUGAUCAAGACGUGGUAGAGUAUAUCAUGAAUCAGCCAAAUGUUGUUCCACGAAUCAAUUCUAGGAUUUUGACAGCUGAACGAGACUACCUGGAUUUAACAGCGAGUAAUAACUUCUUUGUGGAUGAUUAUGCUAGAUUUACUAUCUUGGAUUCCCCAGGCAAGACUGCUGCUGUAGCCAAUAGUAUGAACUAUCUGACAAAGAAAGGAAUGUCUUCCAAGGAAAUCUAUGAUGAUUCUUUUAUCCGGCCAGUCACCUUUUGGAUUGUUGGGGAUUUUGAUAGCCCUUCUGGACGGCAGUUACUGUAUGAUGCCAUCAAACAUCAGAAAUCCAGUAACAAUGUUAGAAUAAGCAUGAUCAAUAAUCCUGCCAAAGAGAUAAGCUACGAGAACACUCAGAUCUCCAGAGCGAUCUGGGCAGCUCUCCAAACUCAGACUUCCAACGCUGCUAAGAACUUCAUCACCAAAAUGGCCAAGGAGGGGGCUGCAGAGGCCCUGGCUGCAGGAGCUGACAUUGCAGAGUUCUCUGUUGGGGGAAUGGAUUUCAGUCUUUUUAAAGAGGUCUUUGAGUCUUCCAAAAUGGAUUUCAUUUUGUCUCAUGCCGUGUACUGCAGGGAUGUUCUGAAGCUGAAGAAAGGACAGAGGGCAGUGAUCAGCAAUGGAAGGAUCAUUGGGCCACUGGAGGAUAGUGAGCUCUUUAAUCAAGACGAUUUCCACCUCCUCGAAAAUAUCAUCUUAAAAACCUCAGGACAGAAAAUAAAAUCUCAUAUUCAACAGCUUCGGGUAGAAGAAGAUGUGGCAAGUGACUUGGUAAUGAAGGUGGAUGCUCUCCUGUCAGCACAACCCAAAGGAGAUGCAAGAAUCGAGUACCAGUUUUUUGAAGACAGACACAGUGCAAUUAAACUGAGGCCGAAGGAAGGGGAGACGUACUUUGAUGUCGUGGCUGUCGUUGACCCUGUCACCAGAGAAGCACAGAGACUUGCUCCCUUGCUCUUGGUUUUGGCUCAGCUGAUAAACAUGAAUCUGAGAGUAUUUAUGAACUGCCAAUCCAAACUUUCCGACAUGCCUUUAAAAAGCUUUUACCGUUAUGUCUUAGAACCAGAGAUUUCUUUCACUUCAGACAGUAAUUUUGCUAAGGGUCCAAUAGCAAAAUUUUUGGAUAUGCCUCAGUCUCCACUGUUCACUCUGAAUUUGAACACACCUGAGAGCUGGAUGGUAGAAUCUGUCAGAACACCAUAUGAUCUUGAUAAUAUUUAUUUAGAAGAGGUGGACAGUAUAGUGGCUGCUGAGUAUGAGCUGGAGUACCUGUUACUGGAAGGUCAUUGCUACGACAUCACCACAGGCCAGCCCCCACGGGGACUGCAGUUUACCUUAGGAACUUCAGCCAACCCGGUCAUCGUGGACACCAUUGUUAUGGCCAAUCUGGGCUACUUUCAGCUGAAAGCCAACCCAGGAGCUUGGAUCCUCAGACUUAGGAAGGGACGCUCUGAAGAUAUUUAUAGAAUUUACAGCCAUGAUGGCACCGAUUCUCCGCCUGAUGCUGAUGAUGUGGUUAUCGUCCUCAACAACUUCAAAAGCAAAAUUAUUAAAGUGAAGGUUCAGAAGAAGGCAGAUAUGGUGAACGAAGACUUGCUGAGUGAUGGAACGAAUGAGAAUGAAUCUGGAUUUUGGGAUUCCUUCAAAUGGGGCUUUACAGGAGGACAGAAGACUGAGGAAGUGAAGCAAGAGAAAGAUGACAUAAUUAAUAUUUUCUCCGUGGCAUCUGGUCAUCUCUACGAAAGAUUUCUUCGCAUAAUGAUGCUAUCCGUGCUGAAGAAUACCAAGACUCCCGUGAAAUUCUGGUUCUUGAAGAAUUACUUGUCCCCCACAUUUAAGGAGUUUAUACCUUACAUGGCAAAUGAAUACAAUUUUCAGUACGAGCUUGUUCAGUACAAAUGGCCCCGGUGGCUUCAUCAACAGACUGAAAAACAGCGUAUCAUCUGGGGUUACAAGAUCCUCUUCCUGGAUGUACUUUUCCCACUAGUUGUUGACAAGUUCCUGUUUGUGGAUGCUGAUCAGAUUGUCCGAACAGAUCUGAAAGAGUUGAGAGAUUUCAGUUUGGAUGGUGCUCCUUAUGGUUACACUCCCUUCUGUGACAGCCGAAGAGAAAUGGAUGGCUACAGGUUCUGGAAGUCAGGGUACUGGGCCAGUCAUUUAGCUGGGCGAAAGUAUCAUAUCAGUGCACUAUAUGUUGUGGAUCUGAAGAAGUUUAGGAAAAUAGCUGCUGGUGACAGACUCAGGGGACAGUACCAAGGUCUGAGUCAGGACCCUAACAGCCUUUCAAAUCUUGAUCAAGAUCUGCCCAAUAACAUGAUUCAUCAGGUGCCAAUUAAAUCCCUCCCUCAAGAAUGGCUUUGGUGUGAAACGUGGUGUGAUGACGCCUCUAAGAAAAGGGCAAAAACCAUUGAUUUGUGUAAUAAUCCAAUGACCAAAGAGCCCAAACUGGAAGCAGCCGUGCGAAUUGUCCCAGAGUGGCAGGACUACGACCAAGAGAUCAAACAGCUCCAGCUCCGCUUUCAGAAGGAGAAGGAAACGGGAACGCUGUACAAAGAGAAGACAGAAGAACCCAGCCGAGAAGGUCCUCAGAAACGCGAAGAAUUAUGAUCUCUGGAGAAGGACAGGAAAUUACCCCCUUUGAAAAACAGUUUUUAUACUAAAUAUUAGUUUUUUCUGAUCUGUCUAUACAACUGCUGAUGUACUGGCUGGGCCGCACCUUUUGAUUCUGAGCAUUUGAUUCUGACUUCUGCACUCUGGUGGCCGCUGGAUCUUUGGGAUUGAAGCUGUAUUGGAAUUGUACCUCAGAGGAAGACCAAGUGGCUGAUCUUCUGGACUCUGUAAAGAGCAUUCUUCUAGCCAGAGGGUGGAAUGGCAGCAGCAACUGGAAGAAAAUGGGUUUUUUGGUGCCCACACCCGAGAGCACACACAUGCUGCGGUGUCUCAGCAACCAGGGCCAGCUAAAGCCGCCAUGUUCUUCCUUACCUCAGUUUACCUGCAGCCUGCGCUGCACUGCAGAUGCCCAUCCUCCCCAGGGUCUGGCCGGCAGAAGCUCUGUCCAAGGUCCACACAUCUCCAGGUUUAUGCCAACAUGCUCCUUGUGCCCUCCCCACUUUCUCUUCCCACGCAUUAGGUGCAUUGUUUAACUGAAAUCCAACCGACAACUGUGUGUCAA